CCUUCCCUCCAUUCUUCCCCCUCCUCUCUUUGUAAGGGAUCAUAUCCCCAUAUUCUCUCAUGGCUCUUAAUCUUAUUAUUAGGAUCAAAACCCUUCUUUUAGUGUCCCUAUUACUGCUCCUCAUUCCCUUAUCUUCAGGCAUGGUUGAAGGCUUCAGGGAAGGCAUGAGCCCAAAUCACUCUCUUCACAAGGAUGGCAUCCAAAUGAAUACCAGCAGGAAGCUUCUGAUGGAUGUACAGGAUUAUGAUACAGGAGCUAACCCUAGACACGACCCUAGGAGGAAAAUUGGAGGCAAGCCUUAAUAUAUAUAUACACUGUCUCUCUGGAGGUGGUUUAAUUAGCUUGUACGAGGAGAUCAUAUUCUUCAGUAUAAAACUACUGUAUGGCCCAUGUGAGGGUGGCUACUACUAUAUAUAUAUAUAUAUA